AGACAUGCUCAGUCAUUCAGUGCUGUGCACUGCUGUUCUGUUGGGAGGUUGCUAAGCCAGUGGGGAGAGCCUGAGAUUGGAGAAAUGAGCGCUUGUGCCGGCACUGGCUUCUUCACUGGCAAACUUCAUACAGUGGAUGGACACAGAGACCACGGAUUUUGACUCGUUCACAGCGGGGAGAAUUGGAUUUGUGGUGCCUGUGAACUUUGGAGAGGAUUCUCUGCAUCUGUGGAAGACAUAGAAGUUCCUUUCUGGCAUCAGGGAUUGCAGGAGAAGAGGAUGCCUUUUUGUGUUGUAGCAAGUCUGUUGAAAACCCUGAGCCAAAUAGUUUAUCUAUAAGGUGGAGACAUAUUUUACACGUAAUUCAACAGGUAAAAGGUACAGCUCACCUCAAACACAUCUGUUAUAGCUGCUCCCACCUGAGAUGAGUGGGAAAAUGACUGUCUCAAAGGAGGAAUAAGGAGUAACCUGUGAUGACAGACUUUACCUGGAGCAGUCGUCUGAGACUCUGCUGAGUAGCUGUGGUGUCAUCGAGGGGGGAGGGUGGCUGCAGAAGCAGACUUCAGUCCCAGGUGUGUAAACCACACCAGACUCCACUCACCUGACAUCAUCCCUUUCUCUCUGUUUGGGCUCGGCUCCUUUAUUCAUUUUCCUGCCUCAUCUUCUUAGUAUUCCCCGCUCUCAAACCAACCACCACCACCACCACCGGGUGUUUUCUCCCCACGGAGCCACUCAAAAAAUGCGAGACGAGACCUUGAUUAAUGUUACUCCUGGCAGCCCGAGUCUGAUCCCACAGCACUAGAAAUAGACGGCAAGAAGAAACGGCAGCACUGUCGUAACGAAGAGGAGCACCAUGUGGAAUCAGUCUGGAUACUGCAAUCACAUACCUCAUGCUGGGUAUCCCUUCUACCAUGCACCGUGCAGCCAUAACCAGAGGGCCACGGCGUUUCACCAUCCUGUGACCAGACAGAUUUCUCCGGAGAACUUGGAUUUUCUCCUGCAAGAACAGCCACAGGGAGCUCACAUAAUGUCAAAGCCUGUGGGGGAGCAGCUCUCCAGUACCACUGUCAGUGAGGCCUCGACUACCAUUACCUCCUCCACUGUGGACACCACCUCUGCCUCUAAGGGCUCCAGGUCCAGUGGCAAGGUGCACAGUUUUGGGAAGAGAGAGCAGGCCAUUAAGAGGAACCCCAAUGUCCCUGUGGUGGUGCGAGGAUGGCUGUACAAACAGGACAGCUCUGGGAUGCGUCUUUGGAAGAGGAAGUGGUUCGUCUUGGCAGAUUUCUGCCUGUUCUACUACAAAGACAGCAGAGAGGAGUCAGUCUUGGGCAGUAUUCCGCUGCCCAGCUAUGUCAUUUCAACUGUAGGACCUGAGGACCACAUCAACCGCAAGUAUGCCUUUAAGGCUAGCCACACUGGUAUGCGCUCUUACAUUUACAAGCAGAGCUCUGUGAUUGGCUCACAGGCGGAGCACAGUGGGAUGCGGACGUAUUACUUCAGCGCUGACACCCAGGAAGACAUGAACACCUGGCUGAAGGCAAUGAACCUGGCUACACUGAUGCGGAACCACACAGACACAUUCAUCAGACCAUCUGACAAUUUAGACAAGUUGCAUAUAUUGCAGCAGCAGGCUGUCCCACAGACGAACCACGUGAACCACCACAAGACCAAAACUUCAGACUCUGACAUCACCAGACCAAUUGUCCACGAGGUUCUGCUGGAGCCCAUUCACCGCGACGCAGAGGAUCACUGCAGCUUCCGCAAAGACUCUCCUGCCACCACUGUGUUGGAGCACACCACUGCCCUGGAGAUGGACACACACACGUCCCUCCCCUCCAACCCCACUCCCUCUGCACUCUCACAGUCUGACCACAUGUCGGCCUCAGCACCCGUGUCUAGAGUGCCGUCACGAGCGCCGUCACGAGCCGCUUCCACUCUACCCUCCAGCGUUGGUACGAGAAAUGGUCUCGUGGAAACGCCCAGCCCCCAUCUGGAGCCCAACGGGAUCGCGACGGGAACGUACCAAAGGACGCCGCCGCUGUCCACUGCUGACACACACAAGCAGGUGCACAGGAGAAGUACGUUGGAGCAAGUGGAGCAGUGGGUCAAAGUGCAGAAGGCAGAACACAAAGGCCCCCCAUCCAGAGACAACACCCUCCCACGUCGUACACCACCAACACAGCACAAGUUCACCACCAUAGACGCAUACCAGACCCUUCCAAAGACUCCUCGGCAGAGUCCCCCACCUGCCCGACUCGGUGAGUACAAGUAUGCCCAGGACCGUCUGAGCCACUUCCGCCUCGCACCAGAUCAGAGUGUCUCGGGGGCCAACACCGUCUGGCAGCUGUAUGAGUGGCAGCAGCGUCACCAGUUCCGUCACGGCAGCCCCACAGCGCCGCUCUACAACCCAGCCCCGGAUUAUCCCUUCGGCCCCCGCCCCCCAUCCACUGUGCCUCCCUUCUCCUCAGCCCCCAGGUCCGAGGGGCCUCCUCGCUGUGUGUCUGUACCGCCGUCACCUGCAGACAUCCCUCCACCGGGGCCCCCACCAGGCUUCAGCCGAACCCUGUCGCCCACACGGAGGCCACACACGCCGGCUGAUAGGGUGACAGUCAGGCCCGUGGGUGGCAGGACGGUGGUGGACUCCCCCUUCACUGUGUCCCCCCGAAGGACCAAGUCUCAGCUGUUCAAGACUGCUAAUAUCGAGAGACGGUCACUGCCUCCCUCUGGCUACAUCACACACACAGUCAGUGCACCAAGCCUUCAUGGAAAAACGCCCGAGGAGCUCACUCUACUCCUCAUUCAGCUGCGCCGGCAUCAGGCCAAGAUGGCCUCUGCACGCCAGCACACUUUAACCCAGCUCCAUCGGCUCAACGGUCCUAAAGAGCCCUUCCACCACAACAACCUCCUCACUACUACCACCACUAGCACCAGCCCCCUCCUCAGGUCCAGCCCCUCUCCUGUGUCCCACCUCGGACACGUGGACCUCUCAGCUCCCCUAGGCCCUUGCAACACCAAGGCUGAUGACACAUACAUGCAGCUGAAGAAGGACUUGGAUUAUCUGGACCUAAAGGUGACAGGAAGUCAAACAAUGAAGGAGUCAGGGAAACCUGUCAAGGUUGCAGAAAGCGAUGUGGAUGUGAAAUUGAGUCGGUUAUGUGAGCAGGACAAAAUCCUGAAGGAUCUGGAGGCGAGGAUCAGCUCCCUGAAGGAUGACAAGGAUAAGCUGGAGAGUGUACUGGAUAUGGCCCACCAGCAGAUGGAGCAGUUCCAGGAUCAGUCGGCCCACGCCAACAAGAUCGCCUAUCAGCAGAGACUGCUGCAAGAAGACCUGGUGACUAUCAGGGCCCAAAUAUCUCGCCUCUCCACGGAGAUGGCAUACGCCUGGGAGGAGUACAGCAGGCUGGAGAGAUCGGUAGAGCAGUUGAGGACAGUGCUGCGUACACAUAUGAAUCACAGUGCCACCCCUCAGCAAGAAAAAGCUGAGAUGAAGCGUGAGCUGUGGAGGAUUGAAGAUGUGAUGGCGGGAUUGAGCGCCAGCAAAGCCAACUACCAGGUCACCAUUGACUCUGUCCAGAAUCCAGAGAGGAAAUUAGUGCCUUCGGUGUCAGACCUGGCAGUGCCUUCUCAUAGCGCAGAGGUGCAGCCGCCUCCUCGUAGCUGCGUCCCCAGGAUCCUCUCCCAUACAUUGCCUCAUAGCACCGUGCCAAAGUGGGCAGAGGACAGCGCCCCGCCCCGCCCUCCCUUGCCCCUCCUCUAUGACUACGAAGAGACACCGCCUGUGGUGCCGCCUCUCCCCAAGGAGGCCUCAGUCAUACGGCACACAUCGGUGCGUGGACUGAAACGCCAAUCAGAUGAGAGGAAGCGGGACAGGGAGACUGGGCAGUAUGUUGUCAAUGGAGACUGUAAAGCUGACCUGCGAUCUUACCUGAGUGAACCUGAGCUGCCUGGAACUAAUCCCUACAACACUGGAUCUGACACUGACUACCAGUAUUUCUCAGGCAAAGAUCUGUCAGGAUCCUCGUCCCAACUGAAUCAGUCAAACUCCAUCUCAUCCUACGUCACACUAAGGAGAGGUCCACGGAGCUCUGGAGCCAAGUCUCAACAGGAGAGACCUAAGAGUGCCUUGGAGUGUCUGUCAUCUCCUACAGAGGCCACACAGCUCACGAAUAGCCAGACUCGUGGCCGAAUGACUGCGGAGGAGCAGCUGGAGCGCAUGAAGCGCCACCAACGGGCGCUGGUACGCGAGCGUAAGAGGAACCUCAGCCAGGGCGAGCGCUCCAACCCGGGUCUCUCCAUGUCCACCAACACCACCCAACGCUCCUCCUCCUCCUCCAGGAUGCCCUCCGGCUCCUCGGAGCCUCCAGCCUCUGAGGAGCGACGAGGUGCAGAGGGUCAGAAAGAGAGGGUCAGAUUUCAGCCUGAUGAGUGGAUGAAGCUGACGGCCACGUACGUACGAGAGGUGGACAUUGAGCCUCUUGACUACGACCUGGAUAUCAGCCUAGAGCUGGCCAAACCUCGAAAAGUUCCCAUCCCAGAGCGGUACGUAGAGUCCGAGCCUGAGGAACCUGCCAGUCCAGAGGAGCUGGAGGAACGCUCUCGCCGGGCUGAGCGCAUCAAGAACAUCCUGGCUAAAUCCAGUGUUCAGAACAUACAGCAGUCUGCAUCAUUAGACUUCAGUGAGCUGGACUCGGCUCUAAAGCAACAGGAGAGGAUCAUGAACGUGUCCCACACGCUGGCCUCAGAGGCAUCGCGCAAGAGCAAACUGGUCGCAGCCAAAGCUGCUGCAGAGCACUGACCCACAGGAGCGACCAGCGCCUGCACAAAACAAAGGCAGAAGAGGGGGAUUGAAACAUUCUCAACAGAUGCCAAUGAACUGAUCGACUUGUAACAAAGCCUUUUAAUAUGACUGAAAACCAAAUUUCUGUAAGAGUGUCAAAUUUAUUCAACCUGAUUUAAAUAAAAUCAGGUUUUCGCUGCUUCUGCACUUACACUGCAAAUUAAGUAAUAAUUUAUAAACAAGUAGCUUUUAUAUAUACAUAUAUAUAUAUAUAUACAUAUGUAUAUAAUCUGCUAUUACCUGUUUUGCAGUUUGGUUUGUAUUUUUACGAGUGAAUAAAUACGAGUCAAAUGAAAGCUAAUGCCUACAUGCUCAGAUCACAGUUUCAAUGUUUUCACAUUAUUUAUUUAUAAUUUGGGAUUAUUUUGUUUUGACCAUAUUGUAUUUUUUUUCAACCAUCAUUGAUCAACACACAAUGAUCACGGUCCUGUAAAUCAAUUUACGAGGAUCAAUAAUAGUUUACCACUUGAGAAAAGGAUAGUCGUCACACGUAAUAAAUAUCAGGUAAAACAA